UGCCUUUUCCAAUUUCAGAUCUCAUUCUUGUAUUUCUUCGCUUUGUUGACGGUUUUUAGUUGGUUUGUGUCAGAAAUUGACGAUGAGCUACCAGCUUUAUCGUAAUACAACUUUGGGGAACAGCUUGCAAGAGUCUUUGGAUGAAUUAAUACAGAGUCAGCAAAUCACGCCACAACUUGCACUCAGAGUUUUACUUGAAUUUGAUAAAGCGAUCAACAAUGCUUUAGCAGCCAGAGUAAAAACUAGAGUACAAUUUAAGGGAGAUCUGAACACAUACAGAUUCUGCGAUAAUGUGUGGACGUUUGUGGUGAAGAAUGUUGAAUUUAGGAAUUCCGUUUAUACAAUCAAAUGCGAUAAAGUUAAAAUUGUAGCUUGCGAUGGAAGAAACGUAUCUACAAAACCAGAUGACUGAGAAUGACAUCACAAUGAAAAUCUGGAAAUAUACACUUAUUAGGUGGACUUUAAUGAAAUAUAUGAUUUGGUGGACAUUGUUGCAAUGAUAUAUUUGAUUACUGUGCCAUGACUUUUUUCUACUAGUGGCCACUGAUACUUAUAGAGCUGUGGUUCCCAAACCGCGGGCCGACGAUUUAAUAUGGCCCGUCAAACUUGUGUGAAAUAGUUGAACACUUUGUUUUUUUCUUUCCACAUUCUGAGUAUCUCUUGUACGA